AUGGUCAACGGUCUCUGCACCUUGAAGAGGAAUUGUUCCAACAGUUACUACCAGGACAUAGAUAUGGUGAUCAGAGGACUUCUCUCUCUGGAUGUGGAUGCAAAAGGUGCUACAACAUCACUGGAGAAGGAAUGUUCAACCAUCACCACUGGGGAAGGAAUUCCUCUCCUGGGGUUCUCGGAGGUCCCAGGAGCUGCCAGCUGGUCCCACGGCAUGAUGUUUCUCCUGGUCUACCUGGCGGCCCUGAUGGGGAAUCUCCUCAUUGUCACUGUCCUUGAUGAGCGCCUCCACACCCCUAUGAUGCUUGAAAUAUCUCUGGAGAAAAUGGCCAAUGUCACCACCAUGAUGGAAUUCCUCCUCCUGGGGUUCUCCGAGGUACGGGAGCAGCAGCUGGUCCACGCUGUGCUGUUCCUCCUGCUGUACCUGGCGGCCUUGAUGGGAAAUCUCCUCAUCGUUGCUGUCACGACCCUCGACCAGAGACUCCACACCCCCAUGUACUUCUUCCUCAGGCACCUGUCCAUCCUCGACCUCUGUUACAUCUCCACCACUGUCCCCAAAUUCAUUGUCAACUCCCUGACUGACCGUAGAGAAAUGUCUUUCCUGGGCUGUGUCUUCCAAGUGUUUUUCUUCAUAUCUUUGGCAUCUACUGAAAUGGCCUUGCUCACGGUGAUGUCCUUCGACCGCUGCAUGGCCAUAUGCCUCCCCCUGCAUUACGAGUUCGUCAUAAGCCGAGGGGACUGUGGGAAGAUGGUGGCUUCUUCCUGGUUCAGUGGGAGUCUUUCUGGACUUAUGCAAACAGCAGUGACCUUCUCUCUACCCUUCCGUGGGUCCAGUGAGAUCCACCAGUUCUUCUGUGAUAUCCCCCAGCUCCUGAAGCUCUCUGGUUCUGACUGGAUCAUGGCGGAGAUGGGCAUUUCAGCCCUCAUUGCAUGUCUUGCCUUCGUCUGUUUCGUCUCCAUGAUCAUCUCUUAUGUCUGCAUCUUCUCAGCCGUGCUGAGGAUACGGUCCUCAGAAGGCUGGAACAAAGGGUUCUCCACCUGUCUGCCCCACCUCAUCGUUGUGGCUUUCUUCUUCUCCACCGGUUCAUUUGCUUAUCUGAAACUGCCCUCUGACUCUCCCUCGUUUCAAGAUCUGCUGGUGUCCGUGUUCUACACGGUGGUGCCCCCUACACUGAACCCCCUCAUCUAUAGCCUGAGGAAUAAGGACAUGAAGGCCGCCCUGAAGAAGAUCCUGGGAAGGGAGAAGUUCACUUAG